GGCGGGAGAGGCUGAAAACAUCGGCGUUUUAAGUAGUUUUAAACCUUGGUAAAGUUCAUGCGGAAAGUUGAGGAAGAUUCCAAGAUGGAUGAGUUUGGAAUUUACGGUAUUUUUGGGUUAAACGGUCCCCCUCAAAGGCUCCUGACAGCGAAGGGGACUCGCAGUGUGUCGGCUGCGGUUCCAUCAUCUGUCCACCAGGUGGUGCUGUUCAGCAGUGGACCGUGGGGUGAAAGGCUCUGCGUCAACGCGGAGCUCAUGGACGCUGAUCAGAUUCCCAUUACAAUUGGAAAGCUGACACCUUAUAACAAGUGUCUUUCAUGGGAGCGGAGGGAAGAAGAGACCUGGACAGACAGAGUCACUCUAAAUGUCUCUGUGGAGGGAGGGAUCAUGACAAACGUGAAACAGGAGCAGAUCAUAGUGGUGAAAGAAUACACACCGAAGAACUCCGCUCCCUGCGCAGACCGAGAGCCCGGUGGCAAGAGAAAGAGAGAAUACACGGCCGAGGAAGGUGGUGGCGAUAAGACGUCGAAAGCGAGGGGAGAAGAAAACGUUUGUCCAAAUGGCGUUAAGGAGAAGGGGACGCCUGUGAGAAAAGUCAAAACUCAAGCCAAAAGCAUCCAGAAGCUGUUUGCUAACGGAGAAGAUGCUUCUCAGGCGAAGGCAGCAGGUAAUGAAGCCAGCGAAGCGGAGGUGGUGGUGGGAGGAACGCCUCCUCAGAACGGAGCCAGGAUGAAGAGUCGGCAGGCCAAGACUCCCACCCAGACAUCCUCUCUGGUGGGCCCAUCAGGACGCUGGGGUCAGACUUUAUGUCCCAUCGAUGCUCAGACGGCCAUCUUAAUCGGAGGUCAAGGAGCCAGGAUGCAGUUCUGCAAAGACCCCAUGUGGAAGCUCUGCACAGAGGAUAUGUCCUGGGUGCCUGCGGAGACUCUGGCGGAGGGCCCCACUCCUGAGGCCAGGAUCGGCCACUCGGCCAUCUUUGACCCCGACUCUAAGCGGAUCUUUGUCUUCGGAGGCUCUAAGAACAAGAAGUGGUUCAAUGACGUCCACAUCCUGGACACCCAGAGCUGGAGGUGGACCAUGGUGGAGGCUCAAGGAAACGUCCCCCCUCUGGCCUACCACAGCUGCAGCAUGUUCCGGGGGGAGCUGUUUGUGCUGGGCGGGGUGUUUCCUCGGCCCAACCCGCAGCCCGACGGCUGCAGCGACUCUUUAUACAUCUUCGAUCCCAACCUCUCCAUCUGGUACCAGCCCAUCCUCACAGGAGACAAACCGUCCCCCCGAUCAGGCCACUCAGCCUGCGUGAUCCAGGAAAGGUACAUCUACGUGUUCGGGGGCUGGGACACUCCGGUCUGCUAUAACGACAUGUACAUGCUGGAUCUGGGUCUGAUGGAGUUCUCCGUUGUGAAAACGUCGGGAAAGGCUCCUUCGCCUCGAAGCUGGCAUGGCAGCGCCGUGCUUUCAGAGAACAAGUUCCUGAUCCAUGGUGGCUACAACGGAAACAACGCCCUCGGCGACGCCUUCAUUUUUGAUAUUGACACCAACAGCUGGACUGAGCUGAAGCUCCCUCAGCUUUCCGUCCCCAGGGCAGGACACUCCAUCAUCACCAUGGAAACGCCUGCUCGCCACGGUUAUUCGGAAGAAAAGAGCUCAAAGAGCUCCGUCUCCAGUAGAACCCUGUUGGUGUUCGGAGGAGGAGACAACGAGGGAACUUUCUUCUCCGACCUGAUCAGCAUUUCUGUCGAGGAGCUGCUCGCCGCGGCGUGAGGACCACGACCUUUCAGUUCCCUGCUAGAUCCAUUUUUUAUUUUUUUUACAGUGCUGAAAAUCAAUACAUAUUAACAAAUACCUGCAGGUGAGGUGUAUUUUUUAUGCUAAAAUCUGUUCUUUAUGUCUAAAUAAAAGAA